AUGAUGUAUGCAAUCGUCAACCCCAUUCUCUAUUACCACCAAAUCCUUCAUCAACAUAGCUCGGCCUUAAUAUGGGCUGCCAAAAACAGCAAACCAGACCCCUGCAACCGCCUGCUGCAAGAAGGUGCAAACCCCAACACCCAAGAUGAACAGCAUAGAACGCCUCUUUUGUGGGCAGCUGCAAACGGUCACAAAGAGGUUUCUUCACUUCUUCUGCGCUCGGAAAAGAUAGACCCGAAUGCGCCCGAUGCGCAUCUCCAAACUCCUCUCGUGUGGGCCGCAGGGAAUGGUCUGCCUUCUGCUUUCGCGGCGUUCGAUUCGCCCAGGCCAACAGCGGAUGCCGUGCAUCCUAGGGCGGGCGAUUACCUUGCCAUUGUGAAACUGCUACUAUCGACGAAAGGCAUUCAGCCCGAUUGCCGGACCCAGCGCGGGGAAACACCCCUUACGGCUGCCGCAGCAGCGGGAGCAAAAGAUGUGGUAGAGGAGUUGCUUCGCACGGGGAAGGUAGACGCGAACUCAAAUGACCGGUUCGGGCAAACUCCGCUCCUGGCAGCAGCCCGAAACGGGUACAUAGGGAUCGUCAAGCGCCUUUUAGCAAUUGAAGGUGUCGACGCGGACGGCGGAUCCCAGAGCGGAAAUAGCCCUCUCCUGGCCGCCGCGAGGAACGGACACGUCGGGAUCGUGAAAUUGCUUCUUGCUAUCCCUACCGUGGACCCAGACCGACAACCUAGUUUUGGAGACCCGGCUCUGUUAAGUGCCGUUGCUGCUGGGCACACGGAUGUUGUGGAGACGCUUCUUGCUAACGUGAAGGUUGAUCCGAGUUUACCGAAUAAACAUGGAGUUACGGCACUCAUGAGGGCUGCGCAACUAGGACGGACGCAGAUUAUGCGGUUGCUGCUUGCGAAUGGGGUCGAACCGGAUACAAAGGACAGGGAGGGUAGUACGCCGCUGAUGAUCGCUGCUGAGAGGGGACAUGUCGAGACAGUUGAGCUUUUGCUUUCCACCGGUCGAGUAGAGGUUGACUUCGACUUAACGAAGAGGAAUAGGUCGUCUGUUUUUGCACCGUCGGAGUUGAAUGAGGAUGUUGUUAGGGUAUUGGAUAAUCAUAGGAGCCUGCGUCGAGGCGGCUCGUUAGAUUCUUGA